CCUAUCGAUAAGGUCCAGUUAGCCAAGGUGGAGGAUGGGAAAAGAAUGGAGCUGUCCCAGCUACUCAAUGAGAUCAGGGCAAACUAUGAAAAGCUCCUCACCAGAAAUCAGAUAGAGACCGUGCUCUCAGCAAGGAUCCAGGUAAUGAUUUCAUACAGACAGGCACCUUCCAGGAGAAGGAGACAAUCCAUGUCUAUCCAAUUCCUCUCCCGGCCUCUCUGAGCUAGAAGAAGAUAUAAGCAAAAAAAUGGACAAAGAUGAAGAGGCUUUAAAGGCAGCUCAAGCAGAACUCAAGGAAGCCCGACGCCAGUGGCACCACCUGCAAGUGGAAAUUGAAUCUCUCCAUGCUGUGGAAAGGGGCCUGGAAAACUCUCUACACGCCAGUGAGCAACAUCACCAGAUGCAGCUACAAGGCCUGGAGGCCGUGAUUGAAGGACUAGAAAAGGAGCUACAAGAAGUAAGGCGCGGCAUCGAAAAGCAGCUUCAAGAGCAUGAGAUACUUCUCAACACGAAGAUGAGGCUAGAACAAGAAAUAGCAACUUACCGCCGCCUCCUAGAAAAGGAAGAAAUCAGAUAUUAUGGUUGUAUCCAAGGUGGGAAAAAAGAACAAAAACCUACAACUAGAGUUGGUUUUGUUUUACCUUCAGCCAUUAUCAAUGAAAUAUCUUUUUCAACGAAAGUCCCACAAAAGUAUGAGAACGAAAAAGUGGAAACAGUGACCAAACAGGCAAUAUUAAAUGGAAAUAUCGUGAAGGAAAGCACUGAAGCUCAUGGUACUAUUCAGACAGAGAAAGUGGAUGAAGUUAUUAAAGAAUGGGAAGGUUCCUUCUUUAAAGAUAACCCUCGAUUAAGGAAAAAGUCUGUUUCUCUUCGAUUUGAUCUUCAUUUAGCAGCCACUGAUGAAGGGUGUUUACAGACUAAACAGGAUAAUCUACCAGAUAUAGAAGUCAGGCUUAUCAUGAGGAGAUCAUGCAGCAUCCCCUCUAUCAAAACUCCAUCAGCCGCUAAUUAAUCCAAAGACAGUAUUUGCUUGACUUGAAAAUGAUAUUAGGAUGGACCAAGGUGGGUCAUGCUGACCCCCUUCUGUCCCAAAAUGUAAGUUAUUAAGUAUGUAUGUUAUGAUCGAUGUGUGAUUCUCUUUGUUUUAGGGAAUAAAAUCAAAUUCUCUUUGAUUUAGGGAUCGAUGUUUUAGGGAAUAAAACAUGGCAUGGGACAACAUUUCUCUGAAUCUAAUUAUGGAUGUAUUUCUUGGAGAGGGGGAACUUAAUAAAAUCAGAAAUUCAGUACGGUUUCUAUUUUAUUUAUUCUCCAAAUACUCUUGUUUUUCCCUUGAAAUUUUAUCAGAGACUGUAAGCAUUAGCUGGCUUAGUUAAGUCUUUGAAAUUUCACUCAAUGGCUGAAUACUCAAAGGAAAAGGGAAUAAUUCAUUUAAAGAUGAUUAUAUUAUGUUAAGCAUCACAGUUAUUCAUCACUAUUCUAUGACUGAUUGUAUCUAACAAUAUUUUUCUAGUUAAAAAAGAAAGCAAUUAUAAACAAACUUUUAAAGAGGACUCACUAUUCACUUAACCAAAAAUUUUCCUUUUGAGACAAUUAUUUGCACACUUAGAAAAAGAAUUAUUUUCCAUGAGCAGUUUUGAGCAAACUGUAGAAACACAACCCAGUGCUAAUUUGAUAAUUUAAUAAAAUUGAUCUUCAUCUAAAAGCGUUUUGUAGUCAUUACCUGAUUUCCAGAAGAGUUACUUUAUUCAAGAACUUUAAAGGAUAUGUCCUCUCCCACAAAAAUUGAGGCCAGCUGCGUAAAAUAUAGAGCUGGUUACUACAGUUACUAGAACAGGGUUGUCCAACCUCUCACCAUCCCAACUUUUCCAUUUAUAAAGUCAAAUGUGAUUAAUUGGAGUAUUUGAUGUGAGCAUUAGGUAAGAUACUAUAUGAACUAUUAUAAAUAUUUCCUGCAAUCAUUUAUGUGAAUUUGGAUAACAGUAUUGUUAUCUAAGCUAAGAGUAUUUGAAGGAUUUAUGUUUUUAAAUUGUUCAAACUGUAAUAAAUAUGGAUAGAAAAUGUGAAUCAGUCAAGCAUUGUUGCAAAGUUUUUUAAACAACCUAAUUUGUUUAAUAUAGGUAUAUUUAUUUUAUAACCUUAAAUAAUAAGUACCUGUUUUCAAACAUUAGAAAUUUAUAGGCUAGUAAUUAUUUUCUAAACAGAAAAAACGUUGAGUACCACUCAUCAUACUUUUUUCCCAGCUAAAGUAUCAUCCAAGGGCUAUAGCUAUGUUAGCAUUUUAGUACAGCCUUUGCAGUAGCAAUUUCUCUCUCUUUCUCUCCCCCACCACUUUAUUUCUACUUUAAAAAGUAUAUUUUAACCAGAAGAAAAUUAUGCUAAAUAAUCUUUAACGUAAUACAGGGAUAUAAAGUUAACUUUUUUUUUUUUUCAAUCACUUCAGAUUUCUUUUGGCCUGGCUUAUUCUAUUUAGUGAGAGGGAUGAUUUUGUUGUCAAGGAUACAACAGCAUGUUAAGUGCUUAUUCUUGCAUAAGCAUCUUACCUAAAAUACAUCCUAUACAUAAAAAUGUUUUCAUUCAAUACUAGUUAAAUGUUGCUAACUUUAUUAAAGCUUUGACAAAGGCAAUCAUACAAGCUAUUGUAGUAAAGUUACUGUACUUAGCAACAGUAAUCAUAACAAUGUAAUAUAUCUUGGCGAUAUGCAGUGUUAACUUAGUACUGGCAUCAUGAAUGUAACAGCUUAUUAUAGUAAUUCCACUGUGCAGCUAGUGUAUGUAACAUGUACAUUUUGAAAUAUAGUACUUGAAUUUAUAACAGUUUUAUUUGCUUUGGGGCAUUUUAAAUUGGGAUAUGAAUUUACCAGAGUAAAUGAUACCACCACAAUAAAAAAAAAAUUGUAACAUGAACUCUAAAGCUGCAUUGUAUUUGAGUUUGAUACACUGUUUUGAGUUAAAUUGUUCCAAUAUGGUUAGUUCACAUGGGGAAUGUAACCACGGUGGAAAGACAAUGUUUUUAUACCUUUUCUAACAAAAGAAAAAUUAAGAAUGGUAUAUUCUAAUAAAUAAUAUAUUCUAAUAAAAAAAUCAAAAUAAUCCCAUCAUCCUGGGAAAAGUAUGACAGUAGCCACCAUUUGCAGAGUGCUAACACAAUUGUACUCAGCAUACUUGUACAUAAUCACUAAUCGUCAUAACAAUCCUACAAGAUGCUCAAUAUUGUCAUUUUAUGGAUGAAUAGAAAUUAAUAUUCUUCCAUCUCUCUGGAAGAGUGAAAAUGCAUGCUUCUGUAACAAAAUACAAAAAUAAAGAGUAAUUCCAAUUACUAACAAUUACAGGAUCCCAGCCCCGGUUCUGUCACUAAUUAUCCAUGGAACCAGGAAGGAAUCAUUGAAAUUCCCUAGGCCUCAAUUUUUAUACUUGAAAACAAAGGGAAAGGUGGUGCUUGGUAAUAAUCUUACUCUGCCUACUUCGUAGAGUCGUUUGAAAUAAUACGUAAGUGAAAAUAUUUGGCAAAGCACUACUCAAAUAUACAGUACUAUCUGAAUAAGAAUUAUCAUAGGGAGAGAAGAAUUUGUGAGAACAAUUAUAUAUAAUGCUGACAAUGAUUAAGUAAUAGUUUAAAACACAACAGGUAAUGAGAAUAUUUUAAUUCUUCAUUUGCUGCCAGAAGGGUUAUUCUUUCCCAGUGAGUUACCCAAUUUGAACAGUUCUACCAUGAUAGUUUUUAAAGUACAAAAAUGUUCUCUAGAGUCAAAAAAUGCUUAAAUUAAUUUGAAAGUUUCAAAUGGAAAUGUAUUAUGGUACAUGGGUCAAAAUUAAACUUUAGUUAAAUAUAAAUAAUAUUCAUACACGUUACUCAGAUUACCAACAUGUGAAAUCAAAGGAAAGUUUGUGCACAGGGCAGAAAUUGUUUCUGUGUUUACAAGUUAUGGCCAGCAUGUACACACAGAUUGCCAUAUUCAUGGGCAUACUACAAAUAAACAUUUUGAAGUAACAUAUAUGUGCAAAUCGAUACAAGCCUUUCCCCAGGUUCCCUUACACACGUAGACCCUAGACCCGGGUAGGCAAACUUUGGGCAGUACCAUCCCUGUACCAACUAUACUAGUUACAACUAAUAAAAGCUGUACAACUAGGUACAACUAAUAAAAUUCCAAAAACAGAAGGCAGCUCGGCUCUGGCCUGCAGUUUGCCCACACCUGCCUGCCCUAGACCUUCAAAUAAGGCGUGUGGGUGAUAGAUUAUACCCCAGAUUCUGCAGGACCAUCCUGUUUCCAAACACUUUCAUUCUUUUCCACACCACAUGUCAAAGCCCACAUCCUAGAUCCUUAAGAUAUUUUUAAGGCAAUGCAAAAGAUUGUAAAAGCAAACCCUAUUUUGUCCAAUUCUAAAAAACACUGUGAAUCACUCUGUCCUGGAAAUCUGCUGGCCUUCAAUAUUUCACAACUAUGUAUAGCAAUAGAAACUGAAUACCCUGUUUUCAUAGAAACAGCUGAGAAAAUUAGCCUAUUUCACCAUUUUGCCUAUAACCAAACUUUUGUAAGCUAUUUGGCUCAGACAGAGCCAAAUUUUAAGGGGGAAAAAAUCCAUUUAAAUAAGCUUCAUUGGAACAUACUACAGACAAAAUGCAU